GCUACUUUCCACUUUCAGUUAUUAUUUAGGCAGAGCUACAAAGCCUUAUCGGACAUUAAAUUAUUUCAAAUUUCAAAUGUGAAUAGUUUAAGCAUUUCUUCAAUCCCUUUUGGUAGUUCGAAAUCUUAACUCAUUACGAAUAUUUCAAAUCAAGUGCUCAAAGUUGAUCAACAUUUGAAUUCACAAAAAUUUCCUCAGUCUCCCCUAAUUAUCCGAUUUUGCCAAAUGUUGUAUACUUUUACUAUCAAGUCCAUCGAUUCCAUUUUUGGAAAAGAAAUUCAAAAUUUCAAAAUUUUUGGGCCCCAAAUGGGGGGGGAGGAGGUCAAUUUUCAAUUUCGGUCAUCUACUCGAUAAACAAAACCUAUAUCCCAAGUUUCAUCAAAAUCUGUUGCUGUUGGAUAGAUUUGACUUAAGCAGUGUGGGAAUAAAAAAGUCCCAAAAUUAAUAAAAUGACAAAAUACCCGCAUAUGGUAUCUUCGCUGAUUUAUAUCGUUGAAACUUUGUUCUGGUCUUAACUGAAAGCGCUCAAAAAUCCAUAAAAAUAAUGUUAUUACAAAAUUCUGAAAUUUUCACUACCUUCUUCGUAAAUUGAGAUGACGGCAUGCGAAAAUCAAAGGGAAGUUAGUUACAGAAAAUAAUAUUUUGUCGGUCUUUUCAAUUUUAUGAUUUGCAUAGAUUAAUCAGGUGGGGGACGGGUUGUGAAACGACCGUUCCACUGGAUUAUUAUUAAGCUUCUGGUUUAUCAUUCAACUCUGAAUAUGAAUUAAACCUGAUAUAUCAUAUGUAAGGAAAAAAUAGGUGGGCCUCUCAACAGAAACAUUAUAAAAUCAAGCACCAAGACAGUCAAGAGAGAAAUGGCAAGCCAAACUCCUGGAAUCCAGUUGCUUCUGGCCGCCGAGCAGCGAACGGCCGUGCGAAUAGCAGAAGCAAAGAAGAAACGGAUAAAGAGACUGAAACAAGCAAAAGAAGAGGCACUGGCGGAGAUCGAGAUGUACAGAAUGGAAAGAGAGAAGAAACUGGAGGAGCUGAAAGCAGACCUAGAUAAAGUGAGAGAGAAGGACGCUGAGAAAAUCGAGAAGCAGACAAAGAUUAGAAUUGACAGAAUGCAGAAAUCUGUAGAUAGAAAUAGAAAGGAUGUUGUUGAUAAAAUAAUGGAACUAGUAUGCGAAGUAAGUAGCUGAUUGAUAAAAUAUCAAUUGAGGGAGCACAACAUAAUAAUUCUUCAAAAUCCGAAAUUUAUGUCUCCAUGUAGAAAUUCAUCAGUUGUGAGUGCGAGAAUAAACAAUAAAAUUGGAAUAAUGAUGAUUGUAUUAUUCAAGA